UCAAUAUAUUCGAUUGUUUUUACUUGAAAGUUUAUGAAUGCAGAACCAGAAUAGAAUUUUUUUCCGCAGGAAAUUCUGCMGAAGAAGAGCUCGAUGCCUGCGAUCGGUUCUAUUGGGAGCUCUCCUCUUUUAGGGAGGUUUUUUAUAUUUUAAAACUAGGUAUUUUGCCGUUAAUUUUUGGCUAAAGAAAUCAACAAAGUCAUGGAAAUGUAUUACGAUGAAGAUCCUUCGAGAAGCACUGAACUCGCUGGAGCAAUCUUAACUAAACCUGAUUUAUGUAUUGCACUUUAUGACUAUGAGGCUGCAGAGGAAGACGAGCUUUCUUUCAAGGCUAACAAUCGUAUUGAAGUUCUUUCGAAAGACCCUGAAAUCAGCGGAGACGAGGGAUGGUGGGUCGGUAGAAUUCAAUCCCAAGUAGAAAGCCGUGUGGGUCUUCUUCCAGCUAACUACGUAACAAGCGAUGAUACUCCUUCGAACUUUAUAGAACCUUUAGAAAUUUCAUAUAACGAGAUCGAACUCAAGGAUAUUGUAGGAACUGGAGGUUUUGGAAAAGUUUAUCGUGCGAUAUGGAAAGAUGAUGAAGUUGCAGUCAAAAUCGCCAGAACAGAAGAUUACGAAGACCCCUCAAAGACUUUACAAAGUGUCAAAGACGAAGCGAAGUUUUUCUCUAUUUUAAGACAUCGAAAUAUCCUGAAUUUGUUUGGUGUUUGUCUUGAAAUACCAAACUUGUGUUUAAUUCUUGAAUACGCUCGUGGCGGUGCUCUGUCAAAAGCUUUGAACGUUCAUGGUAGAAAGAUACCCCCGUCGGUUUUGCUAAACUGGGCGAUACAAACUGCUCAAGGAAUGAACUAUCUUCACAGCGAAGCUCCGCUCAGUAUUAUUCAUCGGGAUCUCAAAUCUGGAAACAUUCUCCUUCUUUACCCCAUUGAUGAAAACGACUUCAACAAUGUCCUUAAAAUUACUGAUUUUGGUCUUGCUCGUGAGAUAGCCAAUACAACACGUAUGAGCGCAGCCGGAACGUAUGCAUGGAUGGCGCCUGAAGUUAUUAGGGCCAGCACAUUUUCGCUUGCAAGUGAUGUAUGGGGAUAUGGUGUAUUGUUAUGGGAAUUACUUACUGGACAAAUACCUUACAAAGAUGUGGAAGCUCUUGCUGUAGCUUAUGGUGUUGCCAUGAACAGGUUAACAUUACCAAUUCCUUCAACUUGUCCUGAGAUAUUUAAAGCAUUAAUGAAUGAUUGUUGGAAUCAAGACCCACACCAGAGACCAUCCUUCAAAACCAUCUUAGAAGAGUUGGAAGAAAUCAGUGACUCUGCAAUAAUGGACAAUCAAAAUGACUCUUUUCGAUCCAUGCAAGAUAGCUGGAAGACAGAAAUUGAAGAGAUUUUUAAUGAAUUGCGUGUUAAAGAAAGAGAAUUGUCGUCACGAGAGGAUGAACUGCGCAAGCACCAAAUGGUACAAGAAGUUCAUGCUGAUGCUUUGAAGAAAAGAGAAGAGGAGCUGGCAGCAAGAGAAAUGCAUCUCCUGGGACGGGAAAUAAACAUUAUUAUCCAGCAACAGAAGCAGUUCAAACCUUCUCCAAAGAAGAGAAAAGGCGGAUUUCUUAAAUUUCGAUUUGGAUCAAGUAGAAAAAUCAGUGCACCAUCAGAUUUUCUUCAUAAAUUUACUAUCGUAUCUGAUAAUGAUAAUACAAUUGUGGAUUGUGAUGGAGCAACUACAUCACCGUUGUCUCCUGUUUUUCAUCGUUUCCGUCUUCAGUCAUUGGAUGACCCAGGUCCAAACGACCCCCAGGUGCCAGUCAGUCCAAACGGCCACAAGAAGAAAGUGCGUACGUGGGGACCAAGCUCAGUCCACCAAAAAGAGAGAGAAAGUCGUUCAAAGAGAAUAAUAGUCAAAGACAGCUUUUCGUCAAGCUUUUCGAAUGAACGAUGUGCGUCUGUACCGAAUCUUGGUUCUAUAAUUAAUAAUAAAGAUCAGGAACGUAAAAACGCCACAGCCGGGAGUAGCCCCGUGUCCUCACCCAAGUCAUCRAGGAAAUUCCCUCGAGGAAAGACCGAAAAAGCGAUGUGCAAGAUGGGCGCAGUKCUGUCYACUCUCGCCCUCGGGAGGGAUUUUACAACGGUAGCUAAGAAUAUGAACGAUGUUCGAAUGAGAUCUGGUAGUCGAGAAAGAAGGAAGUCUCCAAACUCGAGGCGUAGUCGCGAGGUCGGUAGGAAAUCCUGGUUCGGGGGUUCAUCGUCUUCAGACAUCACCGAAAGUGAGGGAAGUCAGAGAGACUCGAUAUUUAGUUCAAGGAGUUUCUUACCUGAUUUCGGACGAGGAAAUGGUARACGUCCUACUUCUACWCCGGUGAUGCUCAAGUCUGUUACCUACCCGAGGAAUGAUUUAAACUCUACGGCUAUGACUAUCGCUUCAGUGGCUUCGACGUCYRAAGAACCUUUGAUUGAGCUUUGCGAAGUCAGAGACAGAAGAUCUAAAUCUCUCGGAGCUUACGAGUUCGGUCUAGUAUCAGUAAAUGAGAACACUUCGACUAGAACUUCUUCCUUUUCGCUUAACCGGAAGUCAUCUUCGUCUGAGUCGAACGGGUCGCCAAGGAGCCCGCCACCGAUAUCUCCCCGAGCGAUAAACGAAAUCAACUCGAACCACGUUCAUAAACAUUUAUCGAAUGUAAAAGGACCGUAUUCAGCGAACGACGGUCAGUUUGAAAUUAUUGGUAGUAGUACCGAACRGGUUAGAGUUGGUUCAACUAAUGGGUCAGGUAUAAUGACUGAGAGAGAAAGAUUGACCUUGCUGGAUGUGAAUGCUGAUGGACAGCAUGAAGAUCAAACGCAACCGCUUCUUCGUCMGCAAGAUUCUGCGAGAAAGCCCUAUGAUUUCCAGGAAUUAGAAAAAGAACUGUUAGGUUAGGAAUGAAUUGCACUCAAUAUAUAAUCUAAUUUUGGAUUAGAGCGGUUUUCGUAUGAAUGGGAAACGAUUUG